AUGAGUACAGCACCGUUCGCCGCUGCCGCCACCAACGACGAGCAUCAUGCAGAACACCCGCUGGGCUACAUUCUGGACCCAGAUCACGUGCCCGCUGAGCUCGAACCCUUCCGUGGCAGGCUGAGCAAUAAUUUUUUUGAGGUGAGGAAGAGGAUCAUCAGUUUCAUCCGCGAGGACAUCAUACCCGCGCAGGCCACUGCCAGAAGGCAGCGUCUGGAGCUGGUCAGGAAGGUUCAGGAGUCGCGCGCGCCACUGCCGGGCGAGGACCCGGCCUACGCCCGCCACGAGGUUUGGGCGGGGUCCCCGCCGAUUGUUGCAGAGCUGCGGGGGAAGGCGAAAGCUCGUGGCUUGCAUAACUUCUUCCUGCCCGAGGUGGGCAAGCUCAGCGUGCUGGAGUACGCCCCGAUCUGCGAGAUAUUUGGCGCCUUCCCGCUGGCAAACAUUGCCAUGAACUGUACAGCGCCCGACACCGGCAACAUGGAGGUGCUCGAGAAGUACGGCACGCCUGAGCAGAAGAAGCAGUGGCUGGAACCCCUGCUUGAGGGAACGAUUCGCAGCGCGUUCGCGAUGACAGAGCCUGGCGUUGCCAGCAGCGAUGCGACCAACAUCAGUGCGACAAUUGUGCGGGAAGGGGACGAAUAUGUCAUCAACGGGCACAAGUGGUACAUCAGCGGCGCGUGUCGCCCAGAGUGUAAAGUUUUCGUAUUCCUUGGGCGCACCACGGGCAGCCAUGGCAAGCCGCACAUGUCUCAUUCCAUGAUCCUGGUUCCCCGGGAUGCUCCAGGUGUUACGAUUGUCCGUCCACUUGCGGUGUUUGGGCACAUCCACGACCACGCAGAGAUCGUGUUCGACAACGUCCGUGUCCCUGUGACCAACAUCCUCCUCGGCGAGGGCAGAGGCUUCGAGAUCGCGCAGGGGCGCCUGGGUCCAGGCCGGAUUCACCACUGCAUGCGCACCAUAGGAACUGCGGAGCAGGCGCUGGACUCGAUCAUACACCGCGCCCGGAGUCGCAAAGCCUUCGGGAAGGUUUUGGCGAACCAUGACACGGUGAGACAGUUCGUCGCCGAGUCGAGGAUCGAGAUCACGAAGUCUCGCUUGCUGAACUACCUCGCGGCAGUGCAGGCCGACGACCAUGGCUUCAAGGAUGCCAAGGCAUACAUCGCGAUGACCAAGAUAGAUGCGCCGAGGAUGUGCUUGAAAAUCAUCGACGAGGCGAUCCAGAUCCACGGCGCACAUGGCGUGAGUCAGGACUCUCAACUGUCAGACCUGUACACGCACGUACGUCACGUGCGCCUGGCGGACGGGCCAGACAUCGUCCACCUUAACACAAUUGCAAAGGAGGAGCUCAAGAGAAAGACCUCCGCACUGGGCGAGUGGGCCAGCGGCAGGAACGCCAACAUCGAGAAGUACGGCAAGUUCCAGCACGUGGCCCCCGCCGCCGUGGCCAAGCUGUGA